GGGCGGGGUCGGUCCGCCGGCCGGUCUCGUCCUUCCCCGUCAACCGGCGGUCUUGAGCCCGCCUCGCUGAUUGACAGGACUCCCCAGCCAAUCGGAAAGCCGGCUGUGGGCGGAGCUGACCAAUCAAGUUACGCCAGUGGAGAGCAAUGUCUGUUCAAGAGACCCGGCCGAAUCAUACCAUCUACAUCAACAAUCUGAAUGAGAAGAUCAAAAAAGAUGAGUUGAAGAAGUCGCUCUAUGCCAUCUUUUCCCAGUUUGGCCAGAUUCUGGACAUCCUCGUCUCCAGGAACCUGAAGAUGCGAGGACAAGCCUUUGUGAUUUUCAAAGAAGUCAGCAGUGCUACUAAUGCCCUGAGAUCGAUGCAGGGCUUUCCCUUCUACGACAAGCCGAUGCGGAUUCAGUACGCAAAGACUGAUUCUGAUAUUAUCGCUAAGAUGAAGGGCACCUACGUGGAACGUGACCGAAAAAAGGAGAAGAGGAAGGUGAAGGCUCCAGAGCCUUCUGGCACCAAGAAGGGUUCAGCACCCCCAACAGCCAAUGCUGUACCCCCUCCUGUCUCAGGUAUGCCCAUGAUGAGCCAGGCCCCACGGAUGAUGCAAAUGCCAGGACAGCCUCACUACAUGCCCCCACCAGGGAUGAUGCCACCACCUGGGAUGGCACCUGGCCAGAUGCCGCCAGGCUCCAUUCCUCCUGGCCAGAUGAUGGCUGGACAGAUGCCGCCCCCUGCUCAGACGGUGCCUGAGAAUCCACCCAAUCACAUCCUUUUCUUAACCAACCUGCCUGAGGAGACCAACGAGCUGAUGCUGUCCAUGCUUUUCAAUCAGUUCCCUGGAUUUAAGGAAGUUCGUCUGGUACCUGGCCGCCAUGACAUUGCCUUUGUGGAGUUUGACAAUGAAGUCCAAGCUGGGGCAGCACGUGAUGCCCUCCAAGGGUUUAAGAUCACGCAGUCGAACGCAAUGAAAAUCUCCUUUGCAAAGAAAUGAGGGGUCGGGAGGAUCGCACUGGUUAAUUCCGGCUUUGUUUUCAAAAGCUGCUGUUUUUAUUUUUUAAAUUGUGCAGUAACUGGUCUGUAUUAGAUUUAAAAGUUCUGAUGCUUCAGGUAAGUGUUGAAUGAGGAGGCUCCUCAGCUUCGCCCUGCCCAUCGGAUGAUUGUUCACACCCGGGUGAGCCCUUCAGCGAUGCUGCUAAGGCGAGCUUCCUGUGGUCUGAAGGCUGUUCGGAUUGCGGUGUGGGUGUUUCACCAUUGCCUUGCCCUACUCCACCCUGGGUCCAUCAAAUUAAAUAAUUCCCCCUCCCUUUUCUUUUUGAGUGAUAUCCAGGAGCAGCCAAAUCCUGACUGAAGAAAUUGGAUGGACUUUAAAUCUCCACUUAUGGUAUUAUUUUAGAUUUGGUUGCCCCUAUUUGGCUAUAUUUUUGAGUGAAUGUGUCUGACUGGCUGAGGCAAGCAACAGUUUGGCUUAAUCACACCAUAAGAAAGCUGUUCACCCAGAGUCUCAGUGACAUUGCACCUGGAGCUUUCAAACUUACUGAAUGAACCGAUGAAUAAAAAGAUUUUUUUUUUAUAA